AUGGCCAACAAGCUCAAAGUAGACCAGCUCCGGGACCAAUUGGCCCAGCGCGGCCUCAGCACCGCCGGAACCAAGCCCGUCCUGGUCUCGAGGCUCGAGUCCGCUCUUCUCCAAGACAACAACCAAACGGCAGACGCCGGCGACGGUUCAGUGACUAAAAAAAGGGGACGGAACUCCAAUGAAGACGAGGAUUCGGCCGCGUCGGAGAAAAUCAAGGCGACUGAGAAAUUCCGGAGUAUGAAUAUCAAGCAACUCCGCGAAGAGGCAACUCUCCGCGGAGUUGCGGCUACCGGCUCCAAGAAGGAGUUGCUCGAGCGGCUUUGUGAAGAUUCCGGGAAGGAUUCCGAUGACAUUGCUGCAACUAAAGAAGAAGGGAAUGACAGCAAGGAGAAGAUGGUUACUGCUACCAAGAAAGGUUCGGCGGUGUUGGAUCAGUGGCUGCCGGAUCACAUUAAGACACAUUAUCAUGUUUUGCAACUGGGUGAUGAUGUGUAUGAUGCCAUGUUGAACCAGACCAAUGUUGGCCAUAACAAUAACAAGUUCUUUGUGCUCCAAGUUCUUCAAUCCGAUGAUGGUAGUAGUUUCAUGGUUUACUAUAGAUGGGGGAGAGUAGGUGUCAAGGGUCAAAACAAGUUACUAGGCCCUUACACCCGAGACAAAGCAAUCGAUGAAUUUGAAAAGAAAUUCUCUGACAAAACCAGGAAUGAUUGGUCUGACCGAAAAACAUUCCAGUCAUUCCCAAAGUGCUAUGUGUGGUUAGAAAUGGAUUAUAGCGAAAAGGAAGGUCAAUCAGCUGUGAAAAAGAAUGGCCCAGCUUUAGUAGCUCAACCUUCGGAAAUAAAACUUGAUCCCCGUAUUGCAAAGUUUGUAUCUCUUAUCUGCAACGUUGCCAUGAUGAAGCAGUAUAUGAUGGAAAUAGGAUACAAUGCUGAUAAGUUGCCACUGGGGAAGCUGAGCAAAUCAACAAUUCUAAAGGGUUAUAACAUCCUGAAGAGUAUCGCUGAUGUGAUUGACCAGUCUGAUAGAAGAAUGCUUGAACAAUUAAGUAAUUUUGUGAUUGAUACUCCUCAGAAGUUGAAGCAAAAGUUGGAAAUGGUUGAAGCACUCGGUGAAAUUGAAGUUGCAACAAAAUUGUUGAACGAUGAUACUGGGACACAGGAAGAUCCCUUGUACUCUAAUUACCAGAGCCUCCGCUGUGAUCUGAUACCGCUUGGCGCCGAUUCAGAUGAAUUUGAUAUGGUUUCAAAGUAUUUGCAUAAUACCCAUGCAAAGACGCAUUCAAAUUAUACUGUUGAUAUCGUUCAGAUAUUUCGUGCAUCGAGAGAGGGUGAAGCUGAACGUUACAGAAAGUUUUUAAGUAUGAAAAAUAGAAUGCUUCUAUGGCAUGGCUCUCGUCUCACAAAUUGGGCUGGCAUUUUAUCUCAAGGUUUGCGCAUAGCUCCACCUGAAGCUCCCGUAACUGGUUACAUGUUUGGGAAAGGGAUUUACUUCGCCGACAUGUUCUCCAAAAGUGCAAACUAUUGCUAUGCUAAAAAUUCUAUAAAAGCUGGUGUGCUGCUGCUGUGUGAGGUUGCACUGGGUGACAUGGCUGAGCUUUUAACUGCCAAAUAUGAUGCUGACAAGUUACCAGAAGGAAAGCUAAGCACAAAGGGAGUUGGUGGAACUGAACCAGAUCUUUCCGAAGCUCAGUUACUAGAGGAUGGUGUUAUGGUUCCCCUAGGAAAGCCAAAGGAGAAUCCACGCAAGGGUGCUUUACUUUACAACGAGUACAUAGUUUACAAUGUCGACCAGAUUCGGAUGCGCUAUGUUGUUCAAGUGAAUUUCAAUUUCAAGAGAUAG